CAACAACUCACUUUCACAAACGCAGUCGCGAAGUUCAUCUCCCGAAUCCACGUAUCUCUUCCUGACGACUUCCGUACGAUAUAAGCCACGAACGCCAUCUUCUCGUCCAAGGCCAGUGAUGGCCACCAAAGCAGCGCAUAAGCGCCUCACUCGCGAAUAUGCCACUCUCCAAAAGUCCCCUCCAGAGUACAUCACUGCGCGACCCAGCGAAUCCAACAUUCUUGAGUGGCAUUACAUCUUGACUGGUCCUCCGAACACUCCGUACCACAACGGACAAUACUGGGGCACUCUGACCUUCCCACCCGAAUACCCGUUUGCGCCGCCCGCAAUCCGUAUGCACACUCCUUCAGGCCGCUUCAAAUGUACAGAGCGCCUCUGUCUCAGCAUAUCCGACUUCCAUCCCAAGUCAUUCAAUCCUGCGUGGGAGGUGAGCACCAUUCUGCUCGGCGUGCUGAGUUUCAUGACGAGUGAGGAGAUGACAACGGGGUCAAUACGAGGGACAGAAGCGGAGAGGAAGGCACUGGCGGCGCAGUCACGAUGGUGGAAUUCAACGUGCGGAGGCUCAACGACGAGGACAUUGGACGGGAGACCAGCACAUCAGAGAACAGGUUUCGGAGCGAUCAAAGCGGGUGAUGGAGGUCAACGGUUCAAGGAGAUGUGGCCGGAAGUAGAUGAGGAGAACUGGCAGUGGAUGAAGAAUGAAAACAUCGACCCACAGACUGGGAAAAAAGUGCUUCCUCGGGGUGCGGUGGACCAAGCGGCCGAGGAUAAGGCAAAGGAGGUGCAUAGAAAGGGCAAGACGGAGAAGGAGGGACAGACUUGGUUUGCGCAGAACAAGUACUGGGUGGUCGGAGGAGCGCUCUUCUUGUAUGUGAUGGCUGCGAGGUUCCUCAAGGAACAGCAGGAGAUCUAGAUGGAUUUUGCAUGAUGCGUAAUUUUGUUGAAAUGCUGGGUUAGCGAGGCGCUUGGGAGCAAGAUUUGAGCGGCUUUGAUAAUGGAGCUGCUGUGAAAUUGACGACUUUGUACAGUAGCAUAUUGAAACAGCAUCAAGGGACAUGAGAUACCCCAG